AUGCGAAGAACAGAAGCAAGGAAUUGAAAUGGAAAAUCAUGGUGGGAAGAAGAGAGUGGUGGUCGUAGGAGGGGGUAUUGCGGGUUCUCUCGUCGCUAAAUCUCUCCAAUUCACUGCCCAUGUUACCCUCAUUGAUCCGAAGGAAUAUUUUGAGAUUACAUGGGCAAGUUUGAGAUCAAUGGUUGAGCCUUCUUUUGCAGAGAGAUCUGUGAUCAAUCAUAGAGAUUACCUUGUCCAUGGCAAUAUCAUUACGUCCAGUGCCGUCAAUGUUACAGAAACUGAUGUGAUCACCGCCGAUGGCCAUAAAAUUGCCUUUGACUAUCUUGUUAUUGCCACUGGCCAUGCAGAUGACGUCCCCAAAAUUAGGAGGGACAGACUUCAUCAGUUCGUAGAACACAACGAAAGGAUAAGAUCUGCUCGUUCCAUCAUGAUUGUUGGAGGAGGUCCUACUGGUGUGGAACUUGCUGCAGAGAUAGCUGUUGAUUAUCCACAUAAGAAGAUUACGAUAGUGCACAAAGGACCUAGGCUACUGGAUUUCGUAGGGACAAAAGCUGCGGAUAAGACUCUAAAAUGGUUGGAAUCAAGAAAUAUAGUGGUGAAAUUAGAGCAAUCAAUUGACUUGAAGGAAUUAUCAUAUGAAAACAAGACAUAUCGAACUUCAAAUGGAGAGACCUUUGAAGCAGAUUGUUAUUUCUUAUGUUUAGGGAAACCACUUGCAUCAGCAUGGCUUGAGGAAACUAUGUUGAAGCAUGACAUGGAUGAGGAAGGAAGGAUUAAGGUAGAUGAAAAGUUGAGAGUCAUUGGUAGGAGAAACAUUUUUGCAAUUGGAGACAUUACAGAUAUUCCAGAAAUCAAGCAAGGAUUUGCAGCACAACAGCAUGCAGAAGUGGUUGUGAAGAACUUGAAGGUGAUGAUAGAUGGAGGAAGAGAUUGUGGUCAAUAUAGGAUGGAAAAUUACAAGCCACAGAUGCCAAUGGCAAUCGUUUCACUUGGGAGGAAAGAUGCUGUGGCACAACUACCAUUAAUGACAGUCAUUGGAAGAGUUCCUGGGUACAUCAAAUCUGGAGAUUUAUUUGUUGGUAGAACAAGGAGACAAAUGGGACUGGAUUCUCAUACUGUGCAUGCUUGAGUCCAUGUAAUGCAUUAUGUGUACACAAACUACAAAACCAAACAUUGUUUCAUACUUUACAUGUUAUAUUGAUGUAUUUUGGUACUAUGAUGUUUGUUCGUACAUAUAGUAUAAAGAAAUAGAGUGAGCUUACUAGAGAAUCAAAUCUUCUGAUAUGGUGUUCCAUACUACCUUAACCCUUCUCAUUUUUUCUGCACUAUAUUC